UGAAUAAAAUUAUCUCGUACUCUGAUAAAUCCUCUUUUCAGCACUUGUGGAAGGCCGAGGUAAAGCGCGUGGCGAAAUCGGACUUGCUAGUAUCGAUGCAUUGUGCAGCGAGCUCAGUUUGUGCCAAUUCAUCGAUUCAGCAUCGUACGCUCGGCUUCGGAUUCAGUUUCAGAUCCAGGAACCUGUUGAGGUGGUUAUUGUCCCGGAAACUUUCGGCGAAAAAGUUAGCAGCAUGAAUGCAAUACUGGAACUGAUCCGCAACACAUACCCGGAAGUGGAAAUCACAAUGCAACUAGCAUCAGCUGAAUCCUCAAAUUUAACUCCAGAAAUAUGCAAAAAAUAUUACUGUAUGGCUGCCGCUGGGGCAUUGAUUAAGCACGUGGAAUCAAUUCAAAAUUUAUUGUUCGCGCAAAACUCUUUGAAAGUCACUUAUCAAGUUCUCGAAAAAUCUUGUUUUAUGGGUACGUUAUUUUUGCGCUGCUCAGAAUUCUGUGCCAGAUCCCUUAUACAGUUUGUGUAGAU